GCGGCUCCUGCCUUAAAGUCGAGCACCGGGCAAGGCGCGGCGUCCUGGGGGGUUCGGCGGUGCCCGCGCAAUGGGCCAGUGAGCCUGUGGGUGCAGCCCUUGGUAGGCGGCUCCUGCCCAGUGGCCGGCUGCAAACUUCUGGCUCUUGUCCUCGCUCGCUUCCUCUGGGGCGGCUGCCUCGUCGCCCUUCCCGCUCUGCCUCGCCAGCGUGCCGCUACGAGGGGAAGUAGGAAACAACAACAGCAGCAGCAGCAAGGAAACGCUGAGCUGCUGCCCCCGCCGGCGGCCACAGACCUUCGCCCUCAGUCCCGCGCCGUGCCCUGCGGAAGCAGCAACUCCGGGGAGGAGGAAAAGCGGGGAGCCUGCCCUAGACAUUAAUCGGGAACAGAAUGGGGAAGCAGAACAGUAAGCUGAGACCUGAAGUACUCCAGGAUCUUCGAGAAAAUACCGAAUUCACAGACCACGAGCUCCAAGAAUGGUACAAAGGCUUCCUAAAAGAUUGUCCAACGGGCCAUUUGACUGUUGAUGAGUUCAAAAAGAUAUAUGCUAACUUCUUUCCCUAUGGCGAUGCCUCAAAAUUUGCCGAGCACGUAUUCCGCACUUUCGAUACCAAUGGAGAUGGGACGAUUGACUUCCGGGAAUUUAUAAUAGCGCUGAGUGUCACUUCACGGGGAAAGCUUGAACAGAAGCUGAAAUGGGCAUUUAGCAUGUAUGACCUUGAUGGCAAUGGCUACAUCAGCCGUGCAGAAAUGCUUGAGAUAGUACAGGCCAUCUACAAAAUGGUGUCUUCAGUAAUGAAAAUGCCAGAGGAUGAAUCUACUCCAGAGAAACGAACAGACAAAAUCUUCAGACAGAUGGACACAAAUAAUGAUGGUAAACUAUCACUUGAAGAGUUUAUUAAAGGUGCCAAAAGUGAUCCCUCGAUUGUGCGGUUGUUACAAUGUGAUCCAAGCAGUGCAAGUCAGUUCUAAUUUAAACUCCUGAACAGUUUGCAAAGAAAAUUACUGGCUUGUUGUUCAAGCUUUGCUUGUAAAAUGGAUGCCUUCUCAACCAUUCCUCAGUGGUUAGUGGAUGAGAUGCCACUGCCAGAUCGUCUGUGUAUCCAAGUGAAAGAGAACUUCUCAACAACAUUGAUGCAACUCCAGCUUCCACAAUUUCAGGUUUAUUUUUUGUACCCCAUAUAACAUUAUGAUUUACUGACCACAUGCAACAUAAGAGUAUGUUUACGUACAUUAUGAUUCACUGACCACAUGUAACAUAAGGGUAUGUUUACAUACAGGUUAAAGAGAGGGUGAUUGCACAUCACUUGGUUAAUAUGAAUGGGUGACUUUGUAGUAGCCCUUAAGAACAGAUGCUAUAUAUUACUUUUGUCCAACACAGCAAACGAGAGGCAAUUAAUUUGCUUCCCAGAAAAUAGCUAUGAAAAGUGGAAAAAAUUAAGUAGAUUUUUUAAAAGCAUGAUACCAAUUUCCUUUCUGGAAAAUUGCUUGCACUUACAUAAUGGUCUUUACAUUCUUUUUAAAUAUAUAUGUAUAUAUAUAUAUAAACUAUAUAUAUAUGGUGAAGUAAAAUUUUAAUAUUUAGGUCAUAUUUAAUAUAUCAAGUAGAACUCAUGCUUCGUCUAGUUGUCUGUGUUUAUUCAAAUCUUUUUUUAAAAAAAAUUGCGAUAUUUAUGCAAUAGCAGAAUUGCUGUUAAGAUGUUGCAUGGGUAGUUGUUUGUGGAUAGAACACGGUAUAAUUCCUGAUUGCAGCACUUGGUUCGUUUUUAUCGUUGAUUGAGCAUUUACAGUAUUAAUGAAAUCUAACAAGGACUAGUUCUGCUUCUGUGUAUCUCACUGCAGUGGCCAUUUGCAGCGGCUGCGGCAUUAAAAUGGCUUUGGGGGGGCGGGGAGUGAGAUGAAGUGAUUAUAUACACACGUGCAUAUACAUGCGCUAGGAUCCUUCUACUUUUUUGCUGUCAAUCUCUGUUAAUAGUCUUGUGCAUUCCAGUGUUAUUUAAUAUCUGCCUAAUGCCAAGAAAUGUUAAUCGAAAUAAAGUCUAAUUUUCUUGUCUGUCAUAA